UUAUUCUUUAACAUGUACAACUUGCAACAAAGAGCUAAUAACCUCUUUUCUUUUGCUGUUACUGUGAUUGGUACAGUAUUGGGUCUUGUUGCCUUGAUCUCAGCCAUCACAGGCUAUGGUUCGACUGAUCCUAACCUUCAAGUUGACACAAACAAUAUUAAAAUUGUCACACGUAGAUAUGGCCCUGAAGAUACAGAUUAUCGCAAUAGUAAAAGUGAAUUUGCUCGAUUGACCUUUGAUAUUGAUGCAGACUUUACACCCAUGUUUAAUUGGAACACAAAACAAGUGUUUGUGACAGUAGUAGCAGACUAUCAAAACAAACAGUUUGGACGUAACCGUGUUGUACUUUGGGAUAAAAUCAUUACCAGUAAAGAAAAAGCACACCUGAAAUUACGUAAUGUCAGAAACAAGUACGCUCUGAUUGAUAUCAGUCAAAAAUGGAGUGACAAUCCUGCCAAUUUGACACUUUUAUGGGAUGUAACACCCUAUGUAGGUCUUCUUCAAGCUGGUCAAUCAAACAAGGGUUCUCAAUUCAUCAUACCCUCAUUUGCUUCACAAAAAUAAAGAAUUAUUAUUUACA